CAACUUACGCCGAAUUCGAUACCUCACUCCUCCCUGAAUUUGCCAACACACCGUAUAUGUUCGUGUUCCGAGCAGAGAUCGCACCAAUACCACGAACAAAAGUCGCAAGUGCGCAAACUUGAGAAGAUGGGCAAAGCGGAAGCAGGAAGCACAAAAUGGGUUGCCAACAAGAUGAAAUCCAAGGGACUCCAGAGGCUGCGCUGGUGGUGUGAAAUCUGCCAGAAGCAGUGUCGCGACGCCAACGGCUUCAAAUGUCACGUUCAAUCCGAGUCGCACGUUCGCCAAAUGCAGGUCGUCGGCGAAGACCCGCGCAAGUUUAUCAACAACUUCAGCAACGACUUCCAGCGCGACUUCGUCUCUCUGCUACGUACAGCACACAAUGAGAAAUGGAUCUCGUCGAACAAGUUUUACAACGAGUACAUCCGCGAUAAGGAGCAUGUACAUAUGAAUGCGACGAAGUGGCCCAGCUUGACUGAGUUUGUCAAGCAUCUUGGUCGCGAGGGCAUAUGUCAUGUCAAGGAGGACGAGAAGGAUGGGUUGAUGAUUGCAUGGCGAGAUACAAGUAUUGCGGCAGUGAAGCGCAAGGAAGAGAUCGCCGAGCAAGAAGCUGCAGAGGCGCGGAGUGGGGCUGGUGAAGACAAAAUGCUGAAGAAGAUGGCGAAGCGCGCUGCGGAAGAGGCGGAGGCCAAGAAGACUAUCGAGGCGAAGAGGGCGGCAGCCGCCGCAGCGGCACAACCGAAGCAGAACCCCACACCACCUGCCGAAGGCGCCUCGCCGAUGGAAGAGAAGAAGGCUGACUCGCCUGUCGAGGGAGAGGAGGAUGGAGAGGAAUCUACAGUCGCUGCGGCGCCGGUGAAGUUGAGUUUCGGUUUGAAGGCGAAAGCUGCACCCCCAAAUAAGGCUGGGCUUGGUCAGAUGAAGAGCCAGAGUAUCUUCAAGCGCAAGAAGGCCGAUGCUGUGGAGCAGAAGCCCGUCAAGAAGGUCAAGCUAUGAAGGAUCGGAUAUCUUCAAGAUUGCAUUUUGGGUAUGCAUAGCGUGGUGUACGGUGAUUUUGGUUUCAUGGGGAGGCAUCUGGCUGGCGUUUCACUAUCCUGGUCUGUGUUAUUGAAGCACACGUAGACGGUCACAUGGAUAUGGACAAAUACUCACUGAUCAAUCAAAGUUUUGCAGCAAGCUGCUCGUCAC